GCGCGCAAUAUUUUGGUAGAAUUCAAAUAAGUUUAUAGGUGAUUCACAUACUUAAUUGGGUUCAUAUUUAUAAUGUUUAUCUAUAAUAUUUGUAUUAAUCAUAAAGUUAGAGUUUUAAAUUAGACUACUGCAGUUCGUUUGAAGCGUAAACAAUGUGGGAAUAAAGAGUGAGCCAAAAUGACUUCGACGGACACGUAUCAGUUGAAAUGGCACUCGCACAGCUCCCAUCUCAACGGGUCGGUGGCGGCGCUGCUGCGCUCGGAGCGGUUCACGGACGUGGUGCUGUGCACCAUCGACGGCUCGCAGAUCCCGGCGCACAAGUUCAUCCUGAGCUCGUGCAGCGUGUACCUGAGCUCGCUGUUCGAGGGGCAGCGCUCCGUCACGCGCAUGGGCGGCAUGCUCUACGUCGUGCUGCCGUCCGAGAUCUCCACCAAGGCGCUCAAGAUCCUAGUCGAGUAUAUGUAUAAAGGUGAAACCACAGUUUCAAAUGAAGUGUUAGACACUGUCCUGAAAGCUGGAGAGGUACUUAAAAUCCGUGGCUUGUGGAGGCAGACAGACGAGGCGGGCGGAGACUCCACUCCCGCGGAGAAGCAGCCGCAGCAGCAACAAGCCACCACCAGCCUCAACAAGCAGCCCCCGCCCAAGAAACCCGAAGAGCCAGUGCAAGUUCAAGUACAACAGAAAAUUGCAGUCAAAAAAGAUGACAAGCUGCUCAAAGCUUUCAACCCGCUGCAGCCACAGAGCGGGACUGGCAGGCCAAUGUUCAUUGGGCCACCAAAGCUGGUCUUCAUCAAGACAACUGAAGGUGGUGGUCAGACAGCUCUCAGACCAGGGGCUCCUAAAGGGCAGACUAUCCUUGUGGCACCAGCCCCAACUCCUGAGGCCACCCCGGCCCCCGCCCCGGCCCCAACAGUCCAGGUGAUUGCAACUCCAUCACCGGACAGGGAGUCUCCAGUAGAGACCACGCCCAGGGUGCUGAGGAGACAGGCUGCUGAAAGGAAAUAUGGAAAAAAACAAAGGACUGAAACAAACAACGAUGAGGAGAGUAAAGAAAAAGAAUCUGAGGAGGUUCAAGAUUCAAGUUCAAGCAAUGGCUCUGCAAAGAAACCAACAACAAAGAGUACAAUCAUCAAUGUAGACGCGACAACAGAGGUGACAGUGAAGGAAGAGCCGGACUGGGACGCCAGCAGCAUAGAAGAGGAAGAGCGGUCCAUCGCUGAGAUGUUCCAGGCCGAGAUCAACAUGAAGUCCGAGCCCGCUGAUGAAGUGGAUAUUGAGGAAGAGAGUCUGAUGUACAGUCCGCUGGCGUGCGAGCUGUGCGCGGAGGUGUUCACGGUGCCGGCGGCGUGGGUGCGCCACGUGGAGGGACACGCCAGCGACACCCGCCACGCGCGCAAGCGGAAGCACCGCUCCGAUAGUGACGACACAGAGGAGACGAUGGCGCUGCUCAAGUGCGACCUCUGCCAGAAGCACUUCCCCAACCCCGCCGAGUGGGUGCGCCACAUACAGAACACGCACACCGAGUCAGAAUUGGCCUUAUCAAACAACAGUGCCCCACCAAAACGUCACAAUCGUUUCACAGAGGGCGUGCAAAACAAGACUUGCAUACAAUGCAAGAAACUGUUCCCGUCGCACGCCUCCAUGCUUAUACACUUGAGGACGCACACAGGCGAGCGCCCAUUCGUGUGCGGCCUCUGCAACAAGGGCUUCAACGUGAAGUCGAACCUGCUCCGGCACCUGCGCACGCUGCACGACCAGAUGAUCAGCCCCACGCAGCUGGACGACGACGAGGAGCCGGGCCCGUCGGAGGUGAAGCGGGAGGCGUGAGGGCGCGGGGGGGUGGGGCGGGGGCGCCGGCGCGGCCGCCGCGGACGGGGACACAGGCAUGCGCCUGCCCCGACCGACGUGUCGCCGCGCAAGCAGAGCUACUCGCUGUUCCUGAAGCAGCGGGCGGUUCUGUUCUCGGCCAAGAAGUGGAAGCAAUGAGCGGCGCGGCGCUCGCUACGCGGGCCUGCUAGAGGCUAGGCGGGGAUGUUCGUAUUGGUUAUUGGUAAAGAAAGAAGUCUGUUGUUAUUGUGGGUUCUCUUGUGGGC